AUGGCGACGAUGAACGUCAGAGCGCUGUGUCUCUCCGUUGCGAUCGUCUUCUCCCUGCUCUCACGGCAGCCUCUCGCCGCCGGCGAGGGCUCCAAGGAGGCGGAUAAGAUCGCUGCGUUGCCCGGCCAGCCUCCGGAUGCGGUUGUCCAGCAAUAUUCCGGCUACGUCAACAUUGAUGACAAGGCCGGGAAGUCGCUCUUCUACUACUUCGUGGAGGCGUCUGCUGAUGCAGCUCAAAAGCCGCUUCUUCUGUGGCUAAAUGGAGGGCCCGGCUGCUCUUCCUUCGGAAUCGGAGCAUUCCAGGAGAUCGGCCCGUUCCGUGUUGACACGGACGGCAAAACCCUUUGCAAAAACAAAUACGCCUGGAACACAGUGUCGAACGUGCUGUACCUGGAGAGCCCCGUGGGCGUGGGCUUCUCGUACGCCGUCAACACGGAGGUGUACAACACCAUGGGCGACAACAUGACCGCGCACGACUCCUACCUCUUCCUGCUCAAGUGGCUGGACCGGUUCCCCGAGUACAAGGCCCGCGACCUCUUCAUCGUCGGCGAGAGCUACGCCGGCCACUACGUCCCCGAGCUCGCCGUCGCCAUCCUCCUCGCCAGGAGCAUGCGCCCCAAGGACAGCCCCAUCAAUCUCAAAGGAAUCGCAAUUGGGAAUGGCAUCUUGGAGCUCGCGUCGGACCAGAGUUCGAUGUUCGAGUACCUGUGGCAGCACGCGUUCAUGUCCGACUCGGCGCACGCGCUCAUCGCCCAGAACUGCAGGAACGCCGACGACGAGUCGCCGCUUUGUCAGGGGGCCAGGAACUCUGCCUACGGCCACCUCGGCAACAUCGACGUGUACAACGUGUACGCAUCAACCUGCCAUGACAAGAAAGUCAGGCCAUCAGGAUCCAAGUGCAUGGAUUUGGCUGAUCCGUGCGCCCAGUACUACGUGGAGGCAUACUUGAAUCAGCCACAGGUACAAAAGGCCAUCCAUGCGAAUGCAGGGUUGAAGUACCCAUGGACUAGAUGCAGGACCUACAACCUGAACACCUUUGGAGACUCGCCGAAGAAGACGAUGCUGCCGUACAUCAAGGCCAUCGCCGCCAGCGGCGUCCGCGUCUGGUUAUUCAGUGGCGACUUGGACGCAAUGGUACCUGUGAUCUCAACGAGGCAGGCCGUGGAAAAGCUCGGGCUCGGCGUUGCAGCAGACUGGCGCCCCUGGUCCGCCGACGGCAAGGAGGUCGCCGGGUACGUGAUCGAGUACAAAGGGGUGGUGUUCGCGACGGUCCGCGGGUCCGGGCACAUGGUGCCGAUCGACCAGCCGGAGCGCGGGCUGGUGCUCGUCUCGUCGUUCAUCAAAGGGCAGCCGCUCCCACAGGCGACGCCGAUGCUCGAGUGA